UAUAUAGCUCUGAAACAACUUGAAUAGGUAUAAUUUUGAGUAAGUAGGUACCACUAUUAAUGAUCUGCCUACCCAGCAAGGUAUUACUAGCGGUCCUGACCUGACAGAGGUUGUCCUGUACAGUAUGUAUUUGACUAGACUCCUCCUAAACGGUUGGCCGAAUUUUGAUUUUUGUGUGUUCAAGUGGAUUCGGCAAAAAAAAUUCGGAUUGAAUAAAAAAUUAAUUUGAGAAACAUGAAAAAAAACGUGGAUCCAAACCCAUUCUCGAAUCCACUUGAACAUACAUACAAAAUUUCAUCGAAAUCCGUCCACCCAAUUAGGAGGAAUUCAAUGAAAUGAACAUGCAAAGAAUAAUUAUAUACAUGGAGUCCCAUUUUGAAAGAUCCCCUAUAAUAUUAUAAAUAAUAUAAUGAAAUUAAUUACUUCCUACGAACAGUACGAAUAGUCUAUUCAAAAAAAAAUUAAAAGUUUCUUAGUUUUCAGGGGGACAUUGAAUGCAGAUAUUCAAUAUGAACUUGAAGUUUUACCUAUAUCAAGGCUGAGUAUAUUUUUUAAAGAGGGGAUAUACAUUUCCGGAGAAUAUUAAUCUCCUUAUGAAACUAAAAACAUUAUUCGUCUCCUUCGUUUUUUCCAUAAAAUUUAGAAUUUUUGAAUGAAUGAUGAUAUGAAAUGAUUCAUACUCAACAUUCAAUCACUUGUUUUUGUAUUCCAUACGAACAUAUCCAAAAAAACAACAAGUUGUUUUCUUAAUUUUACUGCAAUCGCACACAUGUGUGACACCGCGAUAAUAAAAUCUCACAAAAGUUGAAUGUAGAACCGGAAAAGGCUCAUUAGCGAGAGCCGUACGUCUUACCGAGUGAAAGGAUUGCAUGCAUGAGCGGAAAACGCUCACGCUCAUGAGCGAGAGCCUUACGGCUCACCGUGUGAAAGGAACCUUAGUAUGCAUCUUUACGUAUCAUACGUUAGAGUGACAUAUGUUUUCAUUGCGUCUAGUUACGAGUUUCCUUAUCAGCUUCCGUUAUUUUUAUAAAGUUAUACAUUCAUUUCUUUUCAUUCAAUUUCAGGGUGAAAUUGAAUCUAUAAUAUAUAUUUUUCAUUAUUUUAACAUUGGACUCAAAAUUUCGUCGAGUUAUUUCGCCUUCACUACCAGUGACGUGCAUUGUGAAAUUCACAAGGAUAAGUGGAAUUGAUUUAACAGCUUGCAGACUUCAUUACAAGGAUCUUCCGCCUCUGGUCAGUUUGUUGAGCUCAAUCAAUCUGCUUCUGGAGUGUGAGUACUGCAACAAGAUCCAUUCCAUCGAGAUCAUCCUCUUAAGGAAAUUCAUUUCACUCACCACCACGAUUCCAAAAACAUCAAGAAGUAAUAUCAAAAGUUAAAGUUGACGAUGGAUAUUCUAGUCAAAUGUCUUAUAGUGAUAAAAGCACCAAUGCUUUAAAACGAAGUACAAAUCAAAAGACUUCUUUAAAGUGUAACAAAAAAACAAAUAGAGUAGGAAACAGACCUACAAAUUAUAAAAGUUCAAGUGAUAAUUCGAGAGAAAUUAGACAGAGGCUGAAUAGUGGAAAUAAGGAAAUAGAGGGUUUCUCAAAAAAUAAUUGUAAUAAAAAUUUAAAGAACCCUAAAAUUGUUGCAGAAACUACAAAACCUCUAAGGAGAAUCAAUUACAGAGAUACUUCCCUUAAUAAAGAUAAUUCAUUUAAUGUGGAUAUUUCAUUGAAAGGUGAAAGGAUUUAUUGGAAUGGUGGAAACAUUAAAAAAACUUACAAAAAGAAUAAUACAGUUGAAAAUUGCAGUGGAAGAGAAAACUCUCUUGAGAAGAAUAUUAAAUCAAAUAGAUAUACAAGGUCAAGAUAUUUCACUCCAACUAGUAGUAGUCACUUGAUGGAUAGUGCUGUGAAAAAUAAAUCAAAGGAAACUCAUAUAGAAAAAUAUAAAAGCCUUUCUUUAACCACAAAAAAGAAUUGUAUUCCGAAAGCUGUACAAGAUAACCUUAAAAAUUUGAUAGCUGAUUUUCCUGAAGGAAUUUGUUGUUCUGAAUUGCCUUUGAUUUAUAAGAAUUUUACUGGCAAAGAUCUAUUAUUUGAAGACUUUGGCUAUAGAUGUUUAAUUUACUUAUGUUUGGACCUGGAAAAUAUUUUUUAUUGCAAUAAGGAAUCCAAAUGUGAUUACAGACUCUUUGAUGUAAGAAAACCUCUGCCUGAACUUAAUAUUCCCCAAGAGAAGAGUCUUGAAGAUAUGACUCAAAGUUUGGAAUCAUCACCUGCAAUUCCAGAAAUGAGAUGGGGUUAUUUUGAAUCCUUUGUCCCUCAUGAUGCAGUGAGGUUGGGAUUUAAACCGCACAGAAUACAAGUGGCUGAGGUAUUGGAGGAAGGUACUAGCAUAAAUGUGACGGUAGCUGAUAUUUAUGAUAUCUCGAAAUUCUGGAUAAUAAUAGAUGACUCACAGUUGGACAAAUUGAUGGAUAACAUGCAAGAGUUCUAUGGCAUAAAUAGAACGAGAUACUUGGUACCGAAAUCUUUAUUGGUAGAAACCCUUUACUGUGUUGUUUUAUUCAAAGGCAAAUUUCAUAGAGCAGUUAUUCUUAACGUGAUGCCUGGUUAUGAGUACCUCAAAGUUUACUAUGUUGACUUUGGAACUUUGGCCAAAGUUUCAAAAACAGAGGUUUGGUUCAUUACUAAAGAAUUUAGUGAACUCCCAACCCAAGCCAUAAGAUCUACACUUGGCGACAUUUAUCCACCAAACCAAGGUACUACUUGGUCUCCAUCUGCCAAUUAUGAUUUUAGUAGUUUAACAUGCAUGAAAAAAUUCAUUGCAGAAAUUAUAAGGGUGGAUAAACAAAAAAAUUUAGUCGACAUAAAAUUGAAUGAUGGAUAUUCUGAUAUGAGCGAUAUACUAGUAAAUCGUAAUCUUGCUAAAUUCAUAAACAAACCCCAAAAAAAACAUUUUGAUGAUCCUAAUUGUAAACCUAGAGUGCAAUAUGUUCAUCUAUUUCCUACAUUUGAUGAAAUAGAGAAUUGGGUUGUGCCAUCUGUGGAAGAAACUGUAGAGUUUUUGAACACCCCGGUUACUGCCGAUUUCUUGAACUCGCCGUAUUUGAGUAGAACUGUUGAUACGAAUUUAAUCAAAAGCAUUGAUAAAAAUAUAAAAAUGACUUGUAAGAAGAAUAAGUCAGUAAUGAAGUACCACAAGUCAUCUGAAAUUUCACUUAACCACAAUAUAGAGGAAAUUAACAAGAUUGCAUAUGGAGAUUUAUAUAACUCUUUUACAGAAAACAAAACACAAAAUAUAAUAGAAGAUAAUCAUAUAAAUGAAAGUGAAACUAAAGAACUUGAAGAAAUUCAAGAUGAUGUCUGUGGAGGAUAUGUAAUUGAAGAAAGUGGAUGCAAAGGCACUCCAGAAAAGCAAAAUAUAUCUUUUACAAAUAAGAGAAUAUUUGAUAUUGAAGAUCCUGAUCUUUUAGUUUCAAUAUUGAGACAAAGUAGGAUGAAGAAAUCUUAUCCAAUUCAAAAUGAAGUGUCGAGAAGAUUUUAAUACUUACUUACUUUAAUAAUUUAAAAAAUAUUGAAAUCUAAAACUUUGCAUAGCAUACCAAAAGAAUAUUAGAAGAAUUAAGUGAAUCUUUAAAUGGAAUCAAUAUUUUAUGCAAAAGCUACAAUACUUCUAGUAACUAAGUAUCAAAUAUAAUUGAUAAAUAUAAAUAUAAUUUAAAUUAUUGUUGUUGUUUUAUUAUUGUAUCUUUGAAUUUUUAAUAGACCGA